GGGAACAAACCCUUUGUUGACAAAAUGGCCGGCAUUAGAGGUAAAUCACAAUAAGUGUCCACUUAAUGAAUUAGCCUUUACGCUAACAGUGAUAAGUCAUAAAUCGUUAACUAUCAGGCUUUGUUUUAAUGUUAUCAAUAUCGAUUAAUAUUUUUUAAAAUAAUGUUGGGUAUAUAGGCCAAUUACUAUGUUGAAAGUUAUUUUUUCUGAUUCUUUUCCCCCCUCUUUCUCGUUUAUUCUAAAUUCCAUUUCUAAAUUUUUAAGUCUAAAACUAAAGUUAAAGUCACUGGGUAUGGUCCAUGGAUUCGCUAUGUUUUCCAUAGUGGUUAAUGCAGCUUUCAGUGUGUCAUGUUUACUCCACAAUGCAACUACUUCACUUAUUAGGUGUGAUGUUGUUACUUUUAAAAAAUGAAUUGCUUGGUUAGCUUAUCACUUAUCAUUAUCAAUGAUCAAUUUAUCUAUGUUUUUCUGUAGAUUCAUAAAAUAAAUGUAUUAUAUAUAAAUAUAAUACAUAUAACAUUAAAUUUAAAAAUGAAUAAAAUAGUAAAUAUUUUCUUCAUUACAUUACAUGUAAAGCAAGUGUCAGAAAAAUUGACUUAAAACCAUCCUGGAAAACUUUCAUCAAUGUUUAAUUUGGCUAGCCUUGUAAAUAUAAAUUGAAUAAAAUUAUAAGGAAUAACAUAACAUAAUCAUAACUUAUGUUAACUAAUAACAUAAAAUUAAUAGCAGAAAUAAAAAGGCAAAACAUAAAAUUAAUAGCAGAAAUAAAAAGGCAAGAGUUAAAACAUUGAUAAAUUUAUGAAUUGCUACACUGUAUGCUAAAAUUAGAGUAUCUUAAGUAAUACCGUUACCAUACAUAAAAUUAUUAACAUUAUAAUAAUGUUUAGAAAUUACUUUGUAAUUCUGUUUGUAUUGGCUUCCUUUUUCUUUACAAUUUAUUUUUGAAGUAAGCUUUUAUUUUAAAGUUACCAAAGGACCAUUUUUCAAACAAAAAGAAAAAUAAUAAAAAAAAGUAACUGUUUGCUAAAUUCUUUUCAAUUCUUAUAUUUCAUGAAUUAUUAUUCUUUGGACUUCCUGUUGCUGAUGCCAUCAAUACAUAGCGUAAGUAAAUUUUAAAUAUAAAUAAGAUGACUGUUGUCAUGCAAGAGAAAAGAAAGCUCUAUUGGGUUGUGUGGGGGGGAAGUCUCCAAUAGCUUCAAAUCUAUAAAAUAGGUUCCAAAUUUUCAAACUAACCUUGCAAAAUCUGAAUUUUUAACCAGCAACUUGGUACUUGUCUAUAAUGCAUUGACAAAACAGGGUAAAGGUGGAACUAGAGCUGUUAAAUGAUCCAGGUGUUUUCUGCAGUUAAAUCUUUGAGACUGUGACUUGCUUCAAAAUAACAAACCUGAAAAUUUUUCAAUGACUCCGUAAACUGGUUAUGAAUGAGAGCACUGCUGCUGAGAAGAAAAUUGACAAAUAAAAUUAGUGUGCAUCACAUCAUUCAAUGCAUCACUUUUAAGUUGUGAACAUGUAUCUCUUGACACUUUUUUUGACCAGUGGCUAAUGUAUUGCCCAACUCAUCAUUGGGAGCUUACUUAAUGUAUUUGUAUACCACGCUAUACAAUAGGAAAUUGGCAUAUGUAGAUAAUUCUUUUUCAAUUCAUUUUAUAUUUUAACACACAAAUAAUUAAAUUCUUUAGCUGAUAAAAUUAUUGUUGACUGGACCAUUAUAACAUAUUUUAAAAGACAUAACUAUAGUUGGUAAAAUGUUGACAAAUAUCUUUAGUUAUAAAUUAAUUGUUUACUACCUAUCAGUUAGUUUUAAUACUAAAUUUUACAUUUCAAUGACCCAAUUAGAUUCAGACUGAAAUAGUAUACAUAUUUUAUUCAGGUUAAUCGGUCUGGCAUUCGCCUGUGCUCUUGGUGUUACAUUCUUAGUGCUGGCCUGUGCUUUACCCCAGUACAAGUAAGUGCAGUAACUUUAAUCAACAUGCCUUUUCCUGACUUAUUGCUCACACAACACAACACUAUUAAAAGUAAAAGCAUGAAUGAAGAAUCUUGUUUGGAAUUUUCAUUCUAAUCACUCUGGUGUGUCAAUUAAAAUGUAUCAAAAGAAGCUAUUAUUCAUUGCUAAAAUUAAUUAUGUGGUUUUUGCUGUGACAAAUCCUCUUACAAAAUACCCAGUAAUGUGUUUUUGCUUUAUAUCUUACCUUUCCCAGCAACUGGUGGCCGAUGUUUGUUUUGUUCUUCUACUUUUUAUCUCCAUUACCAACAAUUGUGGCCCGGAGACUGACCAACAGCUAUGACUCAUCCAGCAGUGCUUGUAUUGAACUUUGUAUCUUUUUCACUACUGGUAUAGUCAUCUCUGCUAUUGGCCUCCCUGUUGUUCUUGCCCACACGGAAGUGGUAAGUUAGAAAAUACGUCUGUUAAUGCAAGUAGUGUGCUAGAUUUCUGUCAUAUUAAUGUAAUCGGCAAGGUAGAUGCUUGAUUUUAAUAGAUGCAUCUUAUAUGAUAAGUAUAACCAAUUGCCAGGAAAGCAUUAAUGUACUAUGUGCCAUUUUGGAAGUUAAAUCCAAGUUGUAUUAGUUGUUUUUCAAUUUUUUAAAUGCAGUAUUUUUUCAUGUUAACAUUUAGUUGGCCUUAAUACCUGGUGUAUAGGAAUUAUCAGGGUUAAAUUGACAUAUCAGGGUUAAAUUGACAUAUCAGGGUUAAGUUGACAUAUCAGGGUUAAAUUGAUAUAUCAGGGUUAAAUUGACAUAUCAGGGUUAAAUUGACAUAUUUGGGUUAAAUUGACAUAUCAGGGUUAAAUUGACAUUUUGUAAAUAAUUGUUAUCGCACAAUUAUAUUUGAGCUGUUAAAUGAAAAUAAUAGAAAAAGAAAUUUUGUUAAAUACCAUACAUUAAAUUGCAGUAGAAUCAUUUCAAACUUUAACACGUAUACAUGUAUACUCCUAGAUUGCCUGGGGAGCUUGUGCGUUGGUCAUAUCUGGUAACACAGUGGUGUUCCUUACAAUAUUUGGAUACUUUAAAGUGUUUGGAAAUGAUGAUAUUGAAUACAACAUGUGGUGAUGAAAGUCAAGAUUCUGUCAUGAACGUUGUACAAAUGCUGGAAACAUAAAAGAGAUCUUUUUUAUUUGCAUUGUGAUAAGCUUCUGCAACAAAUAAGUUAUAUUAUAACAAAAUCAUCAUACAAUAAAGAAACAUAGCCCAUCUGGAAUAAGUAGGGCUGCCAGACUCAUCAUUUUUUGGUGUAAGUUUUGUUGAAAAAUAUAAAGUAUAUAGAGAAGCAUUUUGUUAUUAUUGAAAAUCAAUCAUAUUCACAAAUAAGCCUUAACAAUGAGUAAGGUAAACUCAAAAUGUACAAUUUUAGAGAUAUAUGCAACUAGCUGACCUCUUUGAACGUUGUAGCUAUACUAAUAAAGAGGCGUUUUUCAAUACAUUUGUAGCUGCAAUUUGUAAAAACAAAAAAAGAUACUGCACUUAAGAAGUAAUUGUUGUCAAAUAACAAGACAACCAAAGAAUGCCGCUGUUCAAGCAUUUAUAAGUGAAACAAAUAACCAUUUAAGAUAUUAUCUUUAUAUUUUGCUAUUAAGAAUCAUUCUUAUCUUUUAACUUUUUAGUUAUUUUUUUCCCUCAAGUACUUAAGCCAGCAUGUGCACCAGUGAUUAAUUUAAAGAUAUGACUCUUGUAUUCUUUCUUUAAUCUGUAUAAUUUCCAUAAAACUUUGUGACCAUCGUUUGCUUCAUUUAUGUUAGAAAAUAAAUGGGUUUUCUGGGAAAUUCUGCGCUUUAUUCAAAUAUUUUAUGAAUCUAAAUUUUUAUGCUAGCUAUGUUUAAUAAACUAGGGGCUUUUGAAAGAGAUAACACAAAUUUAUUUAACUUUGACAUUUUGUAAUUUUUCUGUGCAUUCUUAUGGAAAGAGUGAGAUUUUUUUGCACACAUGCUGAAUCUAAUUCUUCUAUACAACACUUUGACAUUUUUUAUGUGGAUUUGAAAGAAGCAUUUCAUAUAAAGAGUAAAUGGAUAUUACAUUAAUGUAUAUAAAAACAAUUGUUUGUGUUUGAUAAAUGUAAUAGUAUCAGUAAGUCUCAGGUUAAAUUGUGAUUAUUCUAUUUGUAUUCUGUUGUUAUCAUUGGUAUCUAAUGUAUUGUUGUGGUAAAUACUAUUUUGUGUUGGUAUGAAUUCAUUUUAUUUCUUUCAUAAUUUACUCAAGCAGAGCCGAUCUAAUUUCCCCCUCUGCCCAAUGUCUUAUAAAGAUAGAUUUGUUUUUAUGGCAAACAUGACAUUGUUUAGUUUGCAUACCACUGACUAAAAAAGUUAUUAUUUUUUAAUUUGAUAUUAGCAACAUUUGCUUAGUCAUUGUGCUUCUGUCUUUGUAUAUGAAUUGAAAUUUUUAAAAAUAUUGGCAGUCAAGGAAGUAAGUUUAAAAAUGGUAUGUUGUCUUUGUAAUGAAGACUUUAUAGAUUAAAUAACUAACAUAGAAUUUUGGAAGUAUCAAGUAAAUGUGCUUUAUUUAAUUUCUACAAAUUCAUUGCAGUUUCAGUCAUAAAAUUUGUUUCUUAAACAAGAAAUGUAUUAUGGCACUUUUUGUUUUGAUUUGGAAUAAAGGCAAAUUAUCACUUUUUGUUCACACUUAGCCUGCAUUGUGCUAAAAUGAUCUUGCAAUUAAUUAAGUUUAAGUAAGUGUUUUUGACCCUGAUCAUAACUUUCAAUAUUUUUUUCCAAAUAAUUGCAACAGAAAAUGACUUUACAUCCCAAUUAAUUGACAACAAUCUUGGCCAAAACUUGUAAGUUUCUUUGUCAUUGUAAACUCAGUUAGUAAUAGUAAUAAAAUAUGCAAUGUCAUCAAUAUAUUGGUUUUAAUCAGAAGAGCAUGAUACGAUGUAAGGACUUGAAGCAAAUUUGUAAAAAAAGUUCAUUUCAGGGUUGGGGGUGGGAUUCUAAUUUUGCAUUUUGUAAUAAAAAACCAAAAAAGAUAAAAAAAAAACAAAAAAAAAACCACAUCCUUUUUUAAUUUCUUCGAAUGAUUGAGCUCCAAUCCCUGUGUCAUCUGUAUGUAAUCUUAUUCUAGUUAUGUAUCAUAAUUAUGUUAUUUAAAAACUGGAUGUUGCACAUUGACAAAAUAAACCCUAACCACAGGAUCAAGGUGGUGAAAUCACUAAAUACAAAUUUUUUCUUAUAAACGUUUAGAAUGUGACCUUGUUGAGAUUAGCAUCAUCAUCUUUCUUCAAGUAAUUUUUUAAAGUUAUGUAUAAAUAAAAUAAGUAUUGUUGACAUAUCAAACUCCAUGAGCAAAAUUAAAAUUUAAACACUUUCAGAAAUUUCCAAUAAAGUAAAAAUAUUUUAAACUCUUGGAAAUUACAAAUUUGUAUUUUGUACAGAAAUAUCUUCUGAGCUAAUGCUUGUAUUAUAUUAUGUGUCUAAUUAGUUUUUGCCCCCAAAAGCUCCCAUUUAUUUAUGAUUUGAAUAAAAAUAAAUUCAAAUCUUACUCUCAGAUCUGUUUUCAUUAUGUUAGUAAAUGUUUGAUCAUCUAUUAAUUUUCCAAUGUUUGGGUUCUUGGUACAUCGGAUUUAUGAAAUAACAUUUUGCCAGUCUUUUCAUAUAUGGUAUCUCAAGUCGGUCUUUACAUUCAUAGCUAACUCAAGUCAGUCUUUUCAUAUAAUGGUAACUCAAGUCAAGUCUUUUCAUAUAGUGGUACUGGUAAUUCAAGUCAAUCUUUCUUAAUGGGUCGGCUGCAGCACCUAAAAUCUGCUGUGAAUAAUUCAGACAAAUUUCUCUAAUUCUUAACAAAGAAAAUAUCAGUUUAGUCAUAAGCUUUAAGGUUGUUCAAACACAGACGAGUUGGUCAGUUUGUUUUAGGUUAGAAAUGUAUCUAGCCAUGCAAACAAGGAAAAACAUACAUAUUCUGGGAAGGGCCUGAGCUCGUGCUCUUUAAGGUUGGACUAAUACAUUUGCAACCAGCUCCAUCCAUUGGGUGGUGCCAUCACUUUUAUUAACAUAGGACACGCAUAGUUCAAGCUUGGGGCACAAAGUGAAGAGGUGUAAAACAUCUUCUGAGGCCAUGUGCGAUGCUGGCACCUCGUGUCCCUGUAGUUGUCUAGCCUGUUGAAGUAAGAGUUAACUGUGCAGUAUUCUGUUUUCAUAUGAGGUACCAAACUCUGUGGUAUUUCAGCUUCCAACCUUCAAUCAACAAAAAUGUUUGCCUGGAACGGUAUAAAGCUGAUUGAUAAAUGCAAGUGAUAUGUUAUUACCAGAUACAGAGUUAAAUUUAACAUUGAUAAGCAAAUGAGAAUAACUCACUUGGCAUAUUUGAUAGCUCCUGAUGUAUCUGAUGGCAAGGAAAGCAAUGGAUACAAAAGUCAUUUUUUGUUUAUAUUGUUUGACUGAUAUUAUGUAACAGCACCAUUGCACUUCCACUUAUAAGGCCGAUUUUUUUAAAACAUUUAUUUAAAAAAAAAAAAAAAUUAAAUUUUUUGUUUGGGAGCUUACAAUGCAGAUUUUUGUGUUAAA